GAGCCGGGACAGCCGUCGGGGGGGUCCCGGGGGGAGCCCCGCGGGAGAGGAUGUCCCGGGCCGUGCAGGGACGGGGCUGCCUGCCCUGGGCCCGCCUGGGGCCGUACCUCCGAGCUGCUUCGCUGCCAGGUGCUGCCGGCGGCUCCUUCCACGGGAAGAUCCUACACGGGGACCGCAUCUCCCUGCCCAGGAGCUGUGUUCGCCACCAAGGAGGCUCCCAAGGGCCCCCAGCCCAGCGCAGCUCCUCCCGCCACGGCCUGGACCACCUGAGGACCGUGGCCUCUUCUGAUGCCAUCAAGAAGCACCAGAAGACCCUGGCUGCGUGGUUCAGCAACCAGCCCAACGAGGAGAGGCAGUUCGGCCCUUCCUUCUCGCUGGACGCGGUCCACGUGGACCCGGUGAUCCGGGAGAGCUCCCUGGAGCAGAUCCUGAAGCCCUCUCCCGAGCUGACCAUCCAGCACCAGCUCCAGCGGUCCUCCAGGCAGGUCAUCAGCCUCCAGAACCUCUUCGACGUGGAUGCCUGCGGGCGGCAGGUGAAGAACGUGGUGCUGUACGGCACCGUGGGCACGGGGAAGAGCACCCUCAUCAAGAAGAUGGUGGUGGACUGGUGCCACGGUCUCCUGCCCCGCUUCGAGCUGGUCAUCCCCUUCUCCUGCGAGGACCUGUCCCACAGCCACGUCCCCAUCUCCCUGCGGCGCCUCGUCACCAAGAAGUACCAGCACCUCCGGGACGUGGUGCCCAUUCUGGGCGCUUCUAGCCUCAAGGUGCUUUUCAUCCUCAACGGCCUGGAGCGCCUCAACUUGGACUUUCGCCUGGCUGGCACGGAGCUGUGCUGCGACCCCAGCGAGCCCAUAGCUCCCUCUGCCAUCGUGGUCAACCUGCUGCGAAAGUACCUCCUGCCAGAGGCCAGCAUCAUCGUCACCACGCGCCCGUCCGCCGUGCGCCGCAUCCCUGGCAAGUACGUGGGGCGCUACGCCGAGAUCUGCGGCUUCUCCGACACCAACCUGCAGAAGCUCUACUUCCAGAUGCGCCUCAGCCAGCCCGGCUGCGGCGGAGGGGAAGGCGAGGGCUCGGGCGAGCAGGAUAACCUGGUGGACAUGCUCUCCAGGAACCUGGAGCGCCAGAACCAGAUCGCCGCCGCCUGCUUCUUGCCCUCGUACUGCUGGCUGGUGUGCACCACGCUGCAUUUCCUCUACUUCACCCGGACGGUGCCGCCCAGCCAGACCCUGACCGGCAUCUACACCAGCUUCCUGAGGCUCAACUUCAGCGGGGAGGUGCUGGACAGCACGGACCCCACCAACAUCUCCAUGAUGAAGUACGUGGCCAGGACGGUGGGCAAGCUGGCCCACGAGGGGGUGAUGUCCCGCAAGACCUGCUUCUCGGAGGAGGACCUGCGGCAGUGCUUCGAGGUGGAGAUGAAGACCGAGAGCGAGCUCAACCUCCUGGAGGUCUUCCGCAGCGACGUCUUCCGCUUCUUCCUCACGCCGUGCGUGCAGCCGGGCAAGGAGCACACCUUCGUCUUCACCAUCCCCGCCAUGCAGGAGUACCUGGCCGCCCUCUACGUGGUGCUGGGCGAGAAGAAGACCCUGGCGCAGAAGGUGGGCAAGGAGCUGUCGGAGCUCAUCGGGAAGGUGAGCGAGGACGCCGCCGUGGUUCUGGGCAUCGUCUCCAAGGUGCUCCCGCUGCGCUUCUUGCCCGUGCUCUUCAACCUGCUCAAAAUCUUCCCCCGCUUCUUCUCGCGGCUGAGCGGCAAGGACCGGGACACGAUCGCUCGCACCAUGGCGGAGGAGCUCUUCAAAGAGGAGGACUACAACAACGACGACGUCUUGGACCAGAUCAACUCCAGCAUCCUGGGCGUGGAGGGCCCCAUGCGGCACCCCGACGAGGCCCCCGACGACGAGGUCUUCGAGCUCUUCCCCAUCUUCAUGGGGGGGCUGCUGUCCCGCCGCAACCGCGCCAUCCUGGAGCAGCUGGGCUGCUCCAUCAAGAACCUGGCGGCCUUCGAGAUCGCCGAGGCCAUGAAGAAGACCGUCAUCAGGAACAGCCGCAAGGGGCUGCCCCCCUCCGAGCUGAUGGACUACCUCUUCUUCCUGCACGAGUUCCAGAACGAGCGCUUCACGGCCGAGGCCGUCCGCUCCCUCCGCACCGUCAACCUCUCGUCCGUCAAGCUCACCCCCCUCAAGUGCUCCGUGCUGGCCUCCGUCAUGGGCACGGCGUGCCACGAGGUGGACGAGCUCAACCUCACCUCCUGCAACCUGGACGCCGGCAGCUUGAGGACCCUCUUCCCCGUCCUGCUGCGGUGCAAAGUCCUCCACCUGCAGCUCAACAGCCUGGGCCCCGACGCCUGCGAGGAGCUGCGCGCCCUGCUGCUGCACGACAAGUGCGCCGUGAGCGACCUGCGGCUGUCCAACAACCCGGUGGGCGCGCAGGGGGCACGGCUCCUGGCCGAGGCGCUGGCGGGGAACCGCUCGCUGAGCCGCCUGUCCCUGCUGCACGCCGCGCUGGGGGACCGGGGCGCGGAGGAGAUCGCUUGGCGUCUGGCCGACAACCAGCAGCUGCAGGAGCUCAACCUGGGCUACAACGCCCUGACGGACGCGGCUGCCCUGCAGGUGGUGGAGGUGGCCAAGAAGCACGCCACGCUGGACAAAGUGCAUUUGUACUUCAACGACAUCAGCGAGGAGGGCAAGCGGGCGCUGCACAGCCUGCGCAUGGACCGGGACGGCGUCAGGGCGCUCGUCUUCCUCACGGCGGGCACCGACGUCUCCGACUACUGGUCCAGCAUCCUGAACACCGUGCACAGGAACCUGCCCUUCUGGGACCGCGAGCGGGUCCGCCAGCACCUCGCCCUCCUCCUGCAGGACCUGGAGAGCAGCCGGAGGCAGACGGCCAACCCCUGGAGGAAAGCCAAGUUCCUGCGGGUGGAGAGCGAGGUCAAAAGGAUGCUGGGGAAGCUCCAGCACGGGACCCUGUGAGCUGCCGGCCGGGCAGGGAGGCUGCAGGGGUGCCUUUGCCCUUAUCCCG